UUAAAUUUGUCUUCUUCAACAUUAACAGAGUUUGUUCAUUUAGAGCUAAUGGUAUCCUGGCUGGGAAAAGCCAGAUUGGCUUGAACAAGUGCAGCCAUACAAAAAUAUAAAGAUAUCAAUGUUUCUUGUCACUCCAAGCAAGGAUCAUGAUUCCAAUGGAUAUCGUCGCAUCUGCUGAUCAGAAUACAUCCCUCAUUUCCAGAUGUAUCACAACCAGAAACCUCAAGCUUGGCAUGGCCGUUCACUCUCAUCUCAUCAAAACAGCACUGACAUUUAUUCCCUUUUUCUCCAACCAUUUGAUAGAUAUGUACUCUAAGUGCAAUCAAAUCGAGAAUGCGCAGAAAGCUUUUGGCGACAUCCCCAUUAAGAACAAUCGCUCUUGGAACACUUUGAUUAGUGCUUAUUCGCAAGUGGGUUUGUUGGAGAAAGCUCGCCAAUUGUUUGAUAAAAUCCCUCAACCGAACCUCGUUGGCUAUAAUUCGUUGAUUUCAGGCCUAUUUCAUCAUGGGUUUUAUUCAGAAUCGAUAAAUGUCUUUAAAAGAAUGCAAAAGGAUAGUACUUGUUUAUGUUUAGACGAGUUUACGGUGGUUAGUAUAGUUGGUUCUUGUGCUUGUUUAGGCUUAUUAGGAUUGUUGCGUCAGGUGCAUGGAGCAGCAAUACUUAUUGGGUUGGAGCUGAACAGAAUAGUUUACAAUGCUUUGAUUGAUGCUUAUGGGAAAUGUGGUGAACCCGAUACAUCUUAUCGUAUAUUUAAUCAAUUGCCUGAAAGGGAUGUCGUGUCAUGGACUUCAAUGGUUGGAGCAUAUGCUCGGGCGUCUAGAAUGGAUGACGCUUUUCAGAUUUUCAUGGAAAUGCCAGUCAAGAACGCAGUUUCUUGGACUAGUUUGAUAGCUGGUUUUGCACAAAAUGGGCAGAGCCAUCAAGCUUUGGAACUUUUUGGACGAAUGCUGGAAGAAGGUUCCCAGCCUAGUGCUUUUACCUUCGUCACGAUUUUAAGUGCUUGUGCAGGCCUUGCUCUUAUUGGAAAAGGCAAACAGAUCCAUGGACACAUCAUUAGAAGAAGCAGUAGAAGUGAUUUGUUUAAUAUAUACAUACUUAAUGCAUUAAUUGACAUGUAUAGCAAGUGUGGAGAUAUGAAAUCGUCCAAGACAUUGUUUGAGAGGAUGCCAGAGAAGGAUAUUGUGUCUUGGAACUCAUUGAUUACAGGGCUUGCUCAAAAUGGGCAUGCAGAGGAUUCGCUCCACACAUUUAGACAGAUGAUAGAAGCAAAAACAAUGCCCAAUAAUGUUACAUUUCUUGGGGUGUUAUUCGCUUGUAGUCACAGAGGUUUAAUUCAUGAGGGACUUCAGAUUCUAGAUAUGAUGGAGAAGGAUUAUGGUAUAAAUCCAGAAUCAGAGCACUACUCAGUAUUGAUUGAUCUAUUAGGGAGGAAAAAUAGACUGAAAGAAGCAAUGGAAUUAAUUGAGUCAGCACCUAAUGGAUCAAAUCAUGUUGGGAUGUGGGGCGCACUUUUGGGGGCUUGUCGGGUCCAUGGGAACUCGGAUCUUGCUAGGUGUGCAGCAGAAGUUUUGUUUGAGUUGGAACCAACAAAUGCUGCAAGAUAUACCAUGUUGUCAAACAUUUAUGUUGCAGCAGAUAGAUGGAAUGAUGCCCAUGUAGUGAGGAGGGUCAUGGGGGAGAGAGGAUUGAGGAAAGAGGCAGCUCGAAGUUGGAUUGAGGUGAGAAAUUCAAGACAUGAAUUUGUAGCCAGAGCUGGGGACCAACAUCACAUAGAAGAGAUCAAUGAAUUGAUUUCUCAGCUGGAUGGUCACAUGAAGGAAGCUGGAUAUCAACCCUGCAACUCUUCUUAUUUUCUUGCUGAAGUUGGUGAUGUGAUAAUUAUGGGUUUUAUACACAUGUUGAUCUCAAAGCUUGAAAACAUUUCUUGCAUUUUCUCCUCUCAAAAAACUAUGCUUGAUCACAGCAACCAGGUUUCUUCUUUUAAUCCAGACUACCAAAUGGGCAGGAAUUAUGACAGCCAGGCAGAUGUAGAAUUCAAUUUCUGGGGUGGCAGUGAUGCUCGAUAUUAUGAGCAUUUCAGUUGCGAAGAUGGUGGUGAAAUGGAAUUUAGAGGGCAUUUGGAUGAAGAGUUGGAUGAUUAUUCAGUAGGAUUAUGGAAAAGAAGCACAUCAAGACAUGUUAGAAAUGAAACCUCCCGUUUACUACCCAACAAUCAUCGUUACAGUAAUAUUUCAAUCAGCUCGCAAUCACAAGCCAUUGCAGAAGCUAGGAAGGAGCUCAUGGAGAGGAUUCAUGACAUGCCAGAGUCUAGUUAUGAGCUCUCUUUAAAGGAUAUUGUUGAUGAGCAGCUUACUCUCAAGGGGGUGAACCAGGAGGAUGCAACUGAAGGGACUAGCUUUCAGUUCAACACUGCUGAGACUCAAAUCAUGAAACAGAGAAGGAGAAAACCAAAGAAUACUGAUAAGUCAGCAAAGAUUGCAAGAAGUAAAAGUAUGGAAAAAGAAACCUUCAUGAUCAAGAUGUUCCUACCUAUUUCUUUCUGCUGGAAGACGAAAGUGAAAGGAGGAAAUGGUUCCAAGGAUUCUCCAAGGCCAUUGUUUCAUGGAUCUGAGAAUCAAGUAGAUAAAGAGUGGGGCGUACAAAAGUUGAUGGCUGGAGGAGACGGUAAAAAAAGCAAUAGAACUAACAGCAGUAGCAGUAGCAGCAGUACUAGCACUGGCAGUAGAAACAGUAGCAGCAGCACUAGCAGCACUAGCAGUACUAGCACUGGCAAUAGAAACAGCAGCUCGAACAGCAGUUUCUCCCCGGGAUGCUGGCCUUUUUCCUGCACCAAGAAAACCAAACACAAGAAACAUACAGGACGCAUCUUCUGAAAGAGCACAAAGAUUGUUUUCAUGACAGCACCAACGGAAGCUUUGCAUGGGAAAUGGUACAAGCAAUAAAAAUUAACAGGAGGAUCAAUUUGGAAAGAAGUGCAAUAAAUAUCACAGAAGAACUCUCAUGGAAAUAGAAUUUUGAUGGUAUCCACCUUCCAAAAGAUGCAAAAAGUUUUGCAGGAAGCAGAUAAAAAUUAACUCAUGAAUAGACAAUCUGUAUAAAUGCAUUUUUCUGUAAUAUCUCCAAAUUGCCUGGGCAAUGAAGACAAUCACCCAACCCCUUUAUCACAAAGCAUGUUACCUCCUUUCCAGUUUUCUAUUUCUAGCUGGUUUUUGGGUCUUUCAACUGUUUCUAAAAUUAUUCCUUUCUAGCCAAAUGUAACAAGAAAAUAGCCAACUCACUAUUCCCAAAUACAGGUAGCCAAUCUCAUCCCAUGCAUGCACAUUUACAUGAAUUUUGCAUCAUUUGCAUAUAUCGGUGAUUAGAAGUAUCUACACAAACCAGCAAAUUCAAUUACCUGACCUUAAAAAUUGAAUGGCAAGUACAUUAACAAAUCCAUGACUUACAUUUCCACUUGACACCUGCAAACCCUAGACAAGUGUAUUUUGUUGCCUAAGUAAAAAUCCUAAGCUAUUACUCCCUCACCAUUUUCUUUAAAUGUGACUCCAUUCUUCUUGAUAUGUAUACAUUAUAUGAAUUUCUAUUCUAAACUGAAAUGUUUAAUUGCAGAACAUGAUGUGAAACAAACUGUCAGCUUAUUUCUAGUUAUCUUUGUCAUCUUCAGUAUCCUGCAGAAGUGCACCCCUCACUUUUGCCCUGUACAAACAUUUUAUGUGUCAUUGACAAGAGAAACAUAGGUUCAUAAGAGAAAUAAUAUGCACAAGUACCUGCGAUAUGCAGGCACAACACGGUUAGCAACUUUCUUUGAGACUGGAUCUCGAGCUGAUUGCUUGUCUGUUGAAGAAGAUGCCAGAAAACUGUAAUUUCCUCCCUCUAGAAAUUAUCAAAGUUAACUUGCAAAAUUGUUCCAGUUUUAGCAGCUAGCAAAAAUGUCAAGACAUGCAAAUGCAAAAAUCAAGACCAGUUUGGACUUAAAGAAAUUAUGCAGCACAACAACAACAAUAUUGGAACAGCAGCUGGCUCAUGGUUAACCAAAUCCAACCAGCAAGACAAGUCCUGGUCUAAGAACAUUGCCACUACAAUGUGUACAUUGACUAGAUUAUAGAAAUAACUCUUGGUCCUGGUUCAUAUAUUCUUUGUGGAUUCUCUUAUUAUUUGUUAGAUUCCACUAAAAUAUGCCACUUGCAAGCAAA